AUGAGAGGCUUUGCUUCUUCAGCAUCUAGAAUAGCGGCGGCAGCAACGAAACCGGCCGAAUCCCUAAAUCCAAAACCCUUUAAACCCAUACCUUCCUCAGGUAAACCCGCCAAUCCUACUGACCAGCGUUACAUUUCGCAAAUCAUCGGGAGGAAAGAUUGGUUUUUGGUCCUCAAGCAGGAAUUCAUUGCUCAUCGAAUUGGUUUAAACUCUCGAUUCGUCAUCAGCGUUUUGCAGAACCAAGACAACCCAUUACACUCCCUGAGAUUCUACCUCUGGGUCUCCAACACCGACCCGGUUUACGCCAGGGACCAGUCUCUGAAAACCGUUCUAGGGAACGCCCUCUUCCGCAGAGGCCCUCUAUUGCUCUCUAUGGAGCUUCUCAAGGAAAUUAGGGAUUCAGGGUAUCGGAUUACUGACGAAUUGAUGUGUGUAUUGAUCGGCAGCUGGGGAAAAUUAGGUUUAGCUAAAUACUGUAACGAUGUCUUUGCGCAGAUAUCUUUCCUCGGGAUGAAACCCAGCACGCGGCUGUACAACGCUGUGAUCGACGCGCUGGUGAAGUCCAAUUCGCUUGAUUUGGCUUACCUCAAGUUCCAGCAGAUGCGUAGUGACGACUGUAAACCGGACCGGUUCACCUACAAUAUACUCGUCCAUGGUGUUUGCAAGAAAGGUGUGGUUGAUGAAGCGAUUCGGCUGGUGAAACAGAUGGAACGAGAAGGGAACAGGCCAAAUGUGUUCACUUUCACGAUUUUGAUUGAUGGGUUUUUGAUCGCAGGGAGAGUUGAGGAAGCAUUGAAGCAGUUGGAGAUGAUGCGAGAGAGGAAGCUGAAUCCUAACGAAGCUACAGUGAGAACUUUGGUUCAUGGGGUUUUCCGUUGCUUGCCGCCGUGUGAAGCGUUUGAGGUUUUGCUUGGGUUUAUGGAGAAAGACUCGAACUUGCAGAGAGUGGGAUAUGAUACUGUGCUGUGUUGUCUUUCAAGCAACUCAAUGGGGAAAGAGACUGCUCUCUUCUUGAAGAAAACAGGUGAGAGAGGUUAUGUGCCGGAUUCUUCAACGUUCAAUGUUGCAAUGAAUUGUCUCUUGAAAAGGUAUGAUCUUGUGGAGACUUGUGGGAUAUUCGACGGUUUUGUUAACCGAGGAGUGAAGCCAGGAUUCAAUGGUUAUCUUGUGGUGGUUCAAGCUCUGUUGAAAGCUCAUAGGUUCUCUGAAGGUGAACGGUAUCUGACACUAAUGAGUGUUGAUGGACUUAUAUCGAGUGCGUAUGAUUACAAUGCGGUGAUUGACUGUCUCUGCAAGGCGAAACAGACGGAGCGUGCAGCUAUGUUCUUGACAGAGAUGCAGGAGAGAGGUGUUUCUCCGAAUCUUGUAACUUUCAAUACCUUUAUGAGCGGUUAUAGCGUGAACGGCGAUGUAGAGAAGGUUCACGGAAUGCUAGAGAAGCUUCUUGAUCGUGGUUGCAAACCAGACGUGAUCACUUUCAGUACCAUCAUAAGCUGUCUUUGCCGUGCAAAGGAGAUCAAAGAUGCGUUUGACUGUUUCAAGGAGAUGUUGGAGUGGGGGAUUGAGCCGAACGAGAUCACUUAUAAUAUCCUGAUUCGUUCGUCUUGCUCUACAGGAGAUAUUGGUAGGUCAGUGAGGCUUUUUAGGAGGAUGAAGGAAAGUGGGUUGAGUCCAGACGUUUAUGCGUACAAUGCGGUUAUUAAGAGCUUUUGCAGGAUGAGAAAGGUUGAGAAAGCUGAGGAAAUGGUGAAGACGAUGGUGAGGAUUGGUUUGAAACCAGAUAACUAUACAUACGGCGCUCUCAUCAAAGCGUUGAGUGAAACUGGGAGAGAGAGUGAAGCGAGAGAGAUGUUUAGUUCAAUGGAAAGACAUGGAUGUGUUCCGGAUUCAUAUACUAGGCGUCUUCUUGAAGAACUCUCGAGAGAAACAGUGUCAGCUUCAUAG